CAACAUCGUUGAACAAGAAUAACAUGACUGAGAAACACUGUCUGAUACUGACGUUUGUUUGGACGUUGUUUCAAUUGGUUUACGUCCUGUGCAAUGGAAUAUCUCCGACUGAAAGAAUUAAAUUCAACACGCUGAUCAAAAAUUACAGCAAGCUCUAUGGCCGUUACAAAACUGCUGAAUGCGCAGCAUUAUUGGCACUGACAUCACCAGAUAUCAGUUCGACUCUUUGUGAUUUUAACUAUGUUAUUCACAACAACAAGUUUCAGAUAUUUGCGAAAACUUCCAUGGAAUAUCUGAGCAGACUGAAACGCGACUGCAGAUGGAAUUAUGAGGAGGGAUUUUCUGAGCUGUUCAAGAUAUUCAAGGUCUUUGUUACCUUCGUAAAAUCUCUUAACGAUGCAUGGAUGGCUAGAAAAGAUCUGUUUAUCUCAACAGCUUUGUACUAUAAAAAUGCCGAUAUUCAGAUGAGACAAUACUAUUUUGGAAGUAAUCAGUUUAUAGGAGAAGACUUGGGAAUUGCUACUGAAUCAGAAUUCGUCAAAUUAAGAAGAACUGUCGAGCAGAAGUGUCAGAUAAUGUCAGGAAUACAAAUAGAUGCGAAGACUGCCAAAGAAUUUUUCAAGAAAUCAGAUGGGAGAAAUGCACCAAUGUCUGAAUUCAAGGAAGCUGUUGUUCAACUGGUUUCUGAAGUAGAAAAGGUCGAGAAACACAGAAUCAACAGGCUUCACACACAGUUGCCAUUGGAUAUUAUGAAUACAGCUCUGUAUGCAUUGAAACCAGGGCGUGAUCGCGACGUUGAAACAGUACUUGUGGUACAGUGUGGAAUUUUCAGCACAUAUCUACAAUAUUGCAUCUAAUUUCAUCGUACAUUUAAAAGGAGUAUUAUAAAAAAAAUAAAAUAAAAUAUAUCAAAAAAAACAACAAAAAUCCAAAAAAAAGAAACACAGAAAUUCACCUGAGUGUCUCAAGUGUGAAGAUGCCUGAGGAUGGUCUGCGAGGCGAGUGGGUGCGUGUCCAUUAUUUCCAAAAAAUAGUCAAGUUUCACUGAGAUACUUGUUUUAUUCA